CUCCCUUUGAAUUUCCGUCCUCUCUCAACGCAUUUUUUUCUUUUUCAAGCUGGAAUAAAAGCGUGUUUUUUUUCGUGUCUCCAUUAACAAAUGACAACGCAACAAAUCUUUAAAGCGACCUAUUCUGGCAUUGCCGUGUUUGAAAUGAUGGUCAAAGGAGUGGCCGUGAUGCGACGACGUUCCGAUUCGUAUUUGAAUGCAACACAGAUUCUCAAGGUCGCGGAUUUCGACAAACCUCAACGGACGCGAAUUCUAGACAGAGAAGUCCAGACGGGCGAACAUGAAAAGGUGCAAGGUGGCUACGGAAAAUAUCAAGGCACAUGGGUUCCUCUCGACCGCGCCAUCUCGUUAGCGGAACGAUAUAAUGUAAAGCAUUUGCUGCAGCCAAUGUUUGAGUUUAUUCAAGGCGACGAUAGUCCACCGCUCGCACCCAAACAUGUCACGGCUGUAUCGGCUCGUCCACGGCGAACACGCGAAGGUCGUACGAGAAAAAAUCCCAGCGUGUCUGCGCCUCAUGAGAACGUUUGUCAACAACCGUCGCUUAGGACGCCUUCCCCGUCGACUGGAUCCGAAACCAAGGAAGACCUCACGCCAAAACCCAAACGAAUGAAACGAGACACGUCCGACGAGGCAACCACCGGUCAUCACGCAACGUACGCCGAUCAACUUAUCGACUAUUUCAUGUCGGAAACUGCGGAAUUGCCGCUAUUCUUACCGCCGCAUUUCGAUAUGAACAAAGCGAUUGAUGAAGAAGGGCACACCAGUCUUCAUUGGGCCGCGGCUUUGGGUCACGUGGAAACGGCACGAUGGUUACUGAAUCAGGGUGCAGAUAUUUCACGGAGCAACUACAAGGGGCAGACCGCCUUGAUGCGUAGUAUUCUUUUUACCAACAAUUACGCCAAGAAAUCGUUCAAGAAACUCGUUGGGCUUUUAAAAAGUACCGUCUUUCAGGUGGAUAAACGGAAGCAAACUAUAUUUCAUCAUAUUGCGCUGACAGCGAGCGGGAAAGCCAAACACCACGCUUCACGGUAUUAUCUGGAAUGUCUGAUCGAACAAUGGGAGGAGGAGGAGGCGGAGCCUGAAUUUAUAGCGCUGCUGAAUGCCAAGGAUAUUUAUGGCGACACGGCACUAAAUUUGGCGUUCAGGAACGGCAAUGAAAUGAUGGCGAGUCUAUUGAUAGAAGCUGGUGCCAAGCAAGACAGUAGCGAUGAUCAACGUACUAGUGUGUUCCAGGGACCUUGGCAACCUCGAUCUUCCGGAGACAAGCGUGCAAUACCUAGAGAAGAACUAGCGAGCCAAGCCGAUGCGGCGUACAAACUGCUCAUGUCAGAAACACGGCCACCGUCGGCGAUCAUGCAUGUAUUGGAUGUAUUUGCAGAAACUUAUGAACGGGAACUUAUUGAUAACCGUCAGUUAAUGCAUGAAAAACGUAAACAGCUGGCAUCGGCACGAAAGCGGUUGGAGACUAUCGAGCGGGGGUUGGAAGACGUUCAAAUAGCCCCGCAGCUGCUGACGGAUCUGGAAUCAAGGAAACAUACACUGGAAAACCAUCUACGGAAAAUGAUGCAGUAUACCCAGAAGCAAAAGCUUAGCCAAUUGAUCCAAGAAUAUGAAGCGUCCUUGAACCUCCAUUCCGUGCAGUCACUAUCCAUCCAUUCACCACUUGAACAUACCGUAUUGGAGCUGAGGGAGCGACUCGGUCAACUGCAGCACGCACGGCGAGCGCUCGUGGACGAAAUCAUCCGUAUACAAUCCCAGUUACCGGGAAAACGGUACCAGGCGUACAAAUGGCUGAUAUCGAUGUGCUGCGAUGUUGGCUAUGAAAAUGUGGAUGCCAUGCUGACGCCUUUGCUGUCUACUAUGGAACAAAGCUCGCCGGUUCCUGGCGGAUAAAGUGUGGUCUCGAAUUUUUUUUGGAUUUGAUGACCUUGGUAUUCAUCGAGAACGUCAGAUAUCCCAAAUAAUUCGUGUAAAUGUUUCAUUUUCAAUAAUCAAUAAC